GGACUUAUCUCCCUUCCCUGGGACAGCCCGCUCCUUCCCGGCAUGCCCCGCUCCCAGGAGCCGCCCGGAUCCCGCGCCCGGACUUUGCCAUCGGCGGGGGGCCGGCUCCCGGAGCGCCCCGGGAUGCGUCGUGCAGCCGCAGCCUGAGGCCUGCUCUGCCCUCUAUCUUUCAAGCUUUAAAAGCACUUGCCGGGAAUGUGACCGGACCUGAGGGACCACCAGAAGCAUGGAGACUGUGGUGAUCGUUGCCAUAGGCGUGCUGGCCACCAUCUUUCUGGCCUCGUUCGCAGCCUUGGUGGUGGUUUGCAGGCAGCGGUACUGCCGACCUCGACCCCGGGACCUGCUGCAGCGCUAUGAUUCCAAGCCCAUUGUGGACCUCAUCGGUGCCAUGGAGACCCAGUCGGAGCCCUCUGAGCUAGAACUGGACGACGUCGUCAUCACCAACCCCCACAUCGAGGCCAUUCUGGAGAACGAAGACUGGAUCGAGGAUGCCUCGGGUCUCAUGUCCCACUGCAUUGCCAUCUUGAAGAUCUGUCACACUCUGACAGAAAAGCUUGUUGCCAUGACAAUGGGCUCCGGGGCCAAGAUGAAGACUUCAGCCAGCGUCAGCGACAUCAUCGUGGUGGCCAAGCGGAUCAGCCCCAGAGUGGACGACGUGGUGAAGUCCAUGUACCCGCCGCUGGACCCGAAGCUCCUGGAUGCACGGACAACGGCCCUGCUCCUGUCUGUCAGCCAUCUGGUGCUGGUGACCAGGAAUGCCUGCCACCUGACCGGGGGCCUGGAUUGGGUGGACCAGUCGCUGUCCGCUGCUGAGGAGCACCUGGAAGUCCUCCGAGAAGCAGCCCUGGCCUCCGAGCCGGAGAAAGGCCCCCCGGGCCCUGAGGGCUUCCUGCAGGAGCAGUCAGCCAUCUAGUCCGGCUGGCCAGCCGCUGACCACAAGGGCCUGCUGUCUGCUGUCUGCGGGCGGCCCGGCUGAGCCGUUCCCUUUUCCCGUCAUUAGUUCCGCACGGCUCGGGGGCCUGGCUGUGUGCGUCACCCAUCAGGAGGGCCCAUGCAUUGAUGCCUCCGCUGCAGUUGCAGGUGGUGGCUGGCGAGUGGCAGUCUGACACCACAGUUAGGGGAGACGCCAUCCACUAUCUGCCCAGCAGCCCUCUGAGCACAGGUGGACUCUAACCUUUAUGGGGCUCACCUGGUGCUUUUGGGGAACUCACGCCACCCUCUAAGAAUCAGGAGGUUUUACAUCACAAUCAGCAUUUCCGGCUUCCCUUGAACAAUCAGAAGGUGAGGCAACUCUGACGUGCAUUUUCCAAAGAGGACAAUCAAUUGGAACUAAGUAGGAGUAGCCUUUUUUUUUUUUCAAUCCUCACCUGAGGAUACUUUUCUAUUAAUUUUUAGAGAGA